AUGGCGGGGUUUUCCGAUGCCCCAGCCGAAGUCAUCGACAACAUCGUAAGAUUCGUCAUACGAAGAGCCGAUUUUGCGAACCUAUGCCUCGUCAAUAAGGGGCUCCACCGGUCUGCAGUACCUCAUCUUUAUUCCAGUAUUAAGAUAACAUGGGACCGAGAACAUCCAAACCCCUCGAUCAGUCCUCUGAUCCGCACUCUUGUUCAGAGUCCAGAAUUGGUUGUCCUCAUAGAUGAGAUUUACCUAUUUGGAGAGUACUUGUCAGAUACUGCAGAGCGCCCAUCCUUGAAUACAACUGGCAUUCCACUUGAUCAAUUCAUUAAUAUUAUCAAUGAGAGUCAGGUGCCAUAUGCCAGCACCUGGAUCGAUGGUCUGAAGUCGGGCAACAUGGAUGCAUUUGCUGGUCUCCUGAUUGCCAAUCUUUCCAAGAUUACCAGCCUAAGAAUCACCCAUAACUUUAUCAACGGGGACGACAUUCUCGGCAAAGUCCUUUUGUCUAAAGUUUUCGGCGAGCUGCCUGCAUUUGAGCGGCUUAAAACAAUGAGCUAUGUCAAGAGAAUGGAUCGUGGAAAUUGGGAGAGAAAUCAGAUUGUCGAAUACGUUGCAUCUCUCUUUCACAUACCAACAAUCACGGAUAUGUCCGUGUCGAUGACGAAUGAGCCAUUUGAGUGGCCAAGAGGAGAACCUAAUCUCGACUGCCUGACUUCGCUGCAUAUCGAGUGGGCUAUUGGCUCUGUCCUAGCUGAAGUGCUUCUCCUCACACCAAACCUGAAAUCACUCUCCUGGCGCUGGAUCUAUCACGCUGAUGUCAACGAAGAGCGUGAAUUCACGGUUCUAGACUAUGACCAGAUUUUUCUAGCGGUAUCACUCGUCGAGGAGACAUUGGAAACGCUGGUUCUUUCUUUUGUGGUCGGAGAUGAUGAUUACGACAGAGCGCCUGUGGGGAUGGAUAUUCGGGGAUCUUUCAGCCGCUUGUCCGAGCUUGAACGACUUAAAGAACUAUCCAUACCUAUGGCUUCGGAGCCGAGCCUAUACCUUUGA